AUGGACUCGAAGCUCGACGUCCCCGCACCAGAACGGCAUUACGAAUCCGACGUCUCUGAGGGCUACGACAUGCCGCCACCGGCCUACCGCCGGAACUCGGAAUCGUCCACGGAGCGGUCACUGUACGACGAGAAGGACGAGGUGAUGUUCGCCGGCGGUCAAGGUCCGGCGCACGCCAACCCCGUGCGGGAAUACGGCUGGUACCAUCCGCGGGUGCUGACGCGGGGGCUUGUGAUCACGGACACUGCGGCGUCAACGCCCACGAGCAAGGCGCCGCUGUACUAUGUCGAGGUAUCCGAGUUCGCGCUCAAGAAGCCCGACGUGAUCCUGCAUGCGCUCCCACCCACCACGGGCAUGACCAACGACCUCGAGCACCUCGCCAACACGGGUGAGUCGGGCCCCGUGGUCGGCGUGGCGCACUUCCCUAAGCUGUCUCGCCACAUCCAAGUCGGGCUGGGCGACCCGUCGUCCCGUGCGGCGGCCAUGACCUAUGUCGAGGUGCGCAACGCCAAUCUGCUUACGCACGGCGAGUACCACAUGGCGCUGGACGGGCGGACGUACGCGUGGAAACGCACACACGCGGCCUCGGCGGGGGUCGAGGGCGGGAGCAGUGCGGCGCGCCUCAUGCAUCACGAGAGCUUCCAGCUGAUCGACAUGGGCACGCAGGCGGUGGUCGCGGUGUUCCUGGACAACAAGUUCAAGAGCUGGCGGAAGAAGGGCAAGUUGCGCAUCUUCCAGAAUCUCGACGACGACGGCGUCCAUGCCCUCGGCAGUGGCGGCGGCGACCCCCAGCGACAGCGGCUCAGGCUGCUCAUCUUCCUCAGCAUCGCGGCCAUCCUGGAAAAGGCCCGUCGCCGGGCUAAUCGCAGGCGCAAUAACUCUGGGGGCGGCGGUGGUGGGCCCUGA